AUGGAAGGAGGCAAAGGUGUUGGUAGUGGUGGAGGCGGAAAAGGUGUUGGUAGUGGUGGUGGAGGCGGCAAAGGCGGUGGCGGUGGGGGAUAUUCUGGUGGUACGGGUGGCGGCGGAGGUACUUCUGGCUUUAGUGGCGGAGGUGGAAGUUCCGGGAUGAUGAAUGCUCCAGGAAGGGAUGGUCAAUCCAUCCCCAGGGACACCUUUGAGAGCGAUCCUAAGGGCUACUUUGAACAAUUGCAUGCUGAUCAAAAGGGUAGCAAGUAG